CGGGCCCGAGUUGUCAAUCUGCUUGCGGCCAUUGCUACGGUGUUGGGUCAUGUAAUGUCACAACCGGAAAUUGUAUUCACGGAUGCGAGCCCGGGUACAUGGGUGGAAAAUGCCUUCAGACGUGUACGAACGGGACAUACGGUGUCGGAUGCAAGAGCACGUGCGGGCACUGUGUACGUGGUACAGCGUGUGACGUCAGAAUAGGCGUGUGUGAGCACGGGUGUGAGAUUGGAUGGACGGGAGCAUUCUGUACACAGGAAUGUGCCAGUGGGAAAUAUGGACUUGCCUGCCUGAGCACGUGUCCGGAGUGUUACCAUGGUAACUGUGACAAGGUCACGGGGCGAUGUCAAGACGGGUGCGCUCCAGGAUUGCAUGGCGACCGCUGUUUGAAUGAAUGCGUCAACACCCAUUUCGGCAUAAACUGUAGCGGGGCCUGUGGACACUGCAAGCUCACAAGUGACCGAAUAUGUGACAUAAUUUCCGGCGAAUGUCUUCAUGGCUGCAAGACUGGAUAUAACGGAAGACGAUGUGAUGAAGUGUGCCCAACCGGUUUCUAUGGAGACGGAUGUAUGAAAUGCGGGGUGUGCGUUUCGGGGACCGUCUGUGACCCAUUUACCGGGCGAUGUCCACGAGGGUGCGUCGAAGGAUUCAUUGGCGACACCUGUCAUGAAACAAAGCCAUUUGUUGAUGAGGAUGGUCCACAAUUGAAGAUCUUUCUGGGCCUUAUGCUGACAAUGGUUGCGGUGAUAAUGUCCUCCGUAACGUUCUGUCUUGUCCUCAUUUGGCGUCGCGAGCACCUGCCGGAUAUGACUUCAGACGAUGCCAAAGAACAAGUGGAGGACAAAACGCAACAAAAUGGCUGCUUGUUGGUUGAUGUUGAAACUACCACGGACCUUGAUGAGAUGUAAAAGAAUAUAUUGAUGAACAAUAGAAUGUAUAAGAUUCGUUGUAUAAGUUUUUGUCAGCUAUGUCUAAUGCUGUGAAAAAAUGCGAAAAACUUUUAUGAGCUACAUGUUUUAAGUACUAGAUUCUAUGUCAAUGAAGUGGUACCAUGGAGUUUAUUUCUUAUAAAAGUUCCCAAUAAAUGAAUUAAAAGCACCAUAGAACUAUUUUUAAAACAGUGUACAUCAUAAAAAAAUAAUGCCUCAAAACUUGAGAUACAACUUUAUUCAUAGUAUAGGACUUGCAUGCUUUGCCAUUUACGCGUAGCGCAUUCUGUGUCUAAUCAUGUAUGGAAUGCCACGUCUUGAAGAGUUAUAUAAAUAUAUAGGCCUUUCAUAGCAACAAUGGAAGUGUAGUUGCCAUUAUGCCUUAUGUGAACAAAGAUUUAUGCACGUGUUUGUGAUGAGGUAGGUAUUAGGAUACAGUGCGAUUUGCAUACUACAUGCUAUGCACGCUUUGUUAUGUAUGCUUGAAUGACAAAUAGAUAAGUCUCGUUUUUCUUAUGAAUUAU